UUUAAGUUGUUUUGUUCCAUAAACAUGUAUCAUGGUUUCAGAUGAAUAAAACUGAAACGCAUGUAACCAUAAAACAACCUUGGUUAAGUAAAUAGAUAAGUUUCUUGAUGAGCUACCAAAUUUCAUUUGGAAACAUCUAGUAAGAUGCCACAAAUAUAGCAUGCACAUAUAGAAAGGGAGAAUAACAACAAUAACAAAGAAGAUGCAAUCGUAAGACUUUAGUGUUUAUCCGGAGCAAUUUAUAGUGUCAACUAUGAUUCGCUGCAUUUAACAGGAUGGCUUCCAAUCGCCAUGUUCAUUUUCCCAUUAUGUUGACAGUGUUUUUUUUUACUAAACAUGUUGACAAUGUUAUGUUAAUAACAAAAAAAAGUAGUUCCAAUCGCCAUGUUCAUCUUUUCAUGUCUAAAUAAUUAUUUUCCAAAAAUCCACUUAAUAAAGAAAAAGAUAAAUCCAAAUAUGUAAAUUUUAUGGUAAACGACAUAAUCUACUUAACAAAAAAAGAAAAUUUUGAUAUUCAAAAAAGAAAAAAAAAAAGAUAAGAGGAAACUUCAAAGCAGAGCGUAUCUGUUUUUUUGGGUCAAAGUCUGACCGCAUCUAAAGACUUUUAACUUGAAACACGAGCGUAUCUUAAAACAUUACUUUUGUACUUAUAGUAGUCACUGAGGUGGAUAUGUAAGAAAACAUAAAAAGGGCAAAAAGUAUAUUAUAUAAUUUAAUGAUAUCGAGAUAAAGGGCUAAAGAAAUUCUGGAAAUUCACAGCAAAAGAUAAUGGGGGAAGAUGAAGAAAACCCUAAUCAGAUCUACAUAACUAACGAUGUCGUGGAAGAAAUACUUGUUAGGCUACCCUUGAAAUCAAUUCUCAGAUUCAAAACCGUCUCGAGGGAAUGGAGAUCAUUAAUGGAGUCGAGGAGGUUCGCGGACAGGCGUAUGAGUGUUCCAAAGAACCGAAAAUUCUUGGCUGUCGGAAAUCAAGCCCAAUCCCGGUUCCAAGGAGACGAAGAGAUCGAGAUGGUUUACUUAGAGUGUGAUGAAGCCACACGACCGUCGUUGACAUGUGACGGUGUAGUUUGCAUCCCGGAACCGAAUUGGGUCAGCGUUUUGAAUCCUUCGACCGGAGAAUUCCUUAGAUUCUGUAGCGGCCCCUUCCACUAUGAGAACGACAUGUUUACCGAAGUAUGGUGGAGCGAAUUCAAUAUAAACUCGGCGAUGGGAUUCGGUAAGGACGAAGUUACCGGGAAGUAUAAAGUAGUGAGCAUGUUGUUUGAUCAUAACCAUUACCAGAUUCUUGAUGUUGACAUUGGCCAAUGGCGGAAACUGGUCCCGCCUCCUUACAAGGUUGAUACGAGAAGGAAGUCGGCGUGUGUGAAAGGAUCCAUCUACUGGUUAGACCUUUUUGGUAUAUAUAAGAUACUAGCUUUCGAUCUUCACACAGAAGAAUUUCGGGAUGUCCAGGUACUUCCUCCCCUUUUUCACUCGGCCGCAGCUCGGAUAGUGAACCUUGAUGAUCGUCUAGCCAUAGCUGACAUCUGUAUGAUGAAACCUGGAUGGAAUCUAGAGAUAUGGAUCAUGGAUGCACAAGAAGAAACAUGGUGUAUGACUUACUCCAUAACUUUAGCACAUAGAGUUAUUCCAAUGCACGGGAGAGUUAUAGAGGAAUGGUCAACGAUGUUCACGCCAUUGGCUGUUUCUAAGGAAGGGAGUCUUUUCUUCUAUGACACUAAGAAGAGGUUGUUCAAAUAUGAUCCAGAGACGGACUUCCUCUGUUGCCUUUCUUCAGAUAUUUGUGUUAUCUCUCCUUUUGUCGAAAAUUUGGUCCGUUUACAUCCAGGAUGUGUUCCGAAAACCCGGCCACCACGUGGGUGCCGCAAUGGACGUAGCUGUCUAAAUCAGUUAUAGAUAUCGUACUUGAAACGCCUGGUCCUUGUUUGUUUUCAUCUUACUCUUGUGAUAAGCAAUCUUUUGGAUGAAGCGCAUCCUAUAACAUCGUCUAUCAGUGCUUCUCUCCUCUUCGUACUAGACACUGCACCUACAAAACCCAAUUAGCUCAGGUAAUCAUCUGACAAAAAGGUUUAAAGUGUAGCCACUGUCUGUCAGUUUCAUCAAAGAGACUUGACGAUCAGUAACUAUGGAGUUGGUGAAGAGAAGAAGGCAGAAUGACGCUCUAAUACAUGCUUUCACAUUAUUCUAAAGAUAAUCUUACCAUGUUUUCAUACAUGCCAUGGCAGAAGAUACUAUUGUAAAGAUCAACUUUGUAAACAAAAUAGUUCAGAUUUUGCGUAUCUGAACCCUUGGCUUCAGCAUGGUGAUUAGAAGGUUCAUUGAGCGUGUUACUGGCUGUUCCAGAGCCGCCAUUUUCUGAUGAUUUUGCAUCGUUGCUGGGAGAUGAAAACAGGAUGUCUCAAAGUGCAGGAUCAGCAAAACAGCUGAGACCAGUAUCAUCAAACUUUUGACACCUGGCAAGUGUCCGCCGGGUGAACGCCAGCGCCGCUUGUCUUGUCACCUUGUGGACUUUAUAUGCUUUAUUUCCCCGGGAUGCCUGUUUUCAGAGUAACAUCCAUAACCUUCAUAUAUGUCUUAUCCCACAACCAUUGACCCAAGUAGAUUAUGAUAAAAUGUAAGCAUCAACUAGUUUAUUACCAUUC